AUGGAUCCAGCUGUUGUGAUGGAAACCACUUGCCAAGGAGAAAUUCUAACUGCUCUUGAUCUUCGUCUUAAUGCACUGGUUCAGAAGAUGGAUGCCAUGACUCCAAUGCUCCAGGCACUUGAGGCCAAAGUUCUAGAAUCUACCUCCUCUCCAGCUGAUCUUCCUUCCUCUCCCAAGGCCGGAAUCCCUCUGAUGUACCCAGAGAUUCCAUUACCUGCAUGUUAUGAUGGGAAUCCAAAUGAAUUACGUGGCUUUUUGACCCAAUGUGAUGUUUAUUUCCAAAUCCAUCUGCAUGCCUUUUCUAGCCAUCAGUCCCGUGUAGGCUUCAUUAUCUUACUCCUUAAGGGAAAGGCCUUGGAUUGGGCAUCUUCAGUAAUGGAUAAGAAGUCGCCAAUCCUGCAAAGCUCUGACUCCUUUAUCAACGCUCUCAAAACUGUUUUUGAUUUACAUGGACGUGAAGCUUUAGCCGGAAAAGCUCUCCUUAAAAUCCAGCAAGGCCAGAAAACUAUCUACCAGUACGCAAUGGCCUUUAGGAGACUUGCUUGGGACACUCUCUGGAAUGAGUCUGCUCUGAUAUAUGCCUUCUAUAAUGGACUUAGUGAGGAGAUGAAGGAUGCAUUGAUCGCUAGAGACAUGCCAGAGAGUUUGAAUGAACUUAUCAAAAUCUGCAGUUUAAUUGACCUACGUUUUCAAGAGAAGAGGCAAAGGCAAACUCGUAAGCAGCAAAAGCGAGAUGACUAA